CCUUUGCAUUGUGCAUACAACCAACAACUUCAUUAAAUAAUUAUAUGAUUUAUUUUGUUCAUAAUAAUCAUCUCUCAUAUUGGGGGUGUCGUCAUUGGGUCAAAAUGAGGGUGCUCCUAGCUACUCAUGUUUAAAUACCCAAAACCCCAUUCAUGUCUUUCAAUCUGAUUUUGUGGAAUCAACUACAUUCGUAUCGAAGAGAGAGACACAGUGUGCGUCUGUUGCAAAAGCUUCAUCUCUCUAUCAUUCUAACUGAUAUAGUAAUGGCGCCAGAUCAGAAAACCUUCGUCUUUAGUGAGGUCUCGAAGCACAACAAAACUCUGGACUGCUGGGUUAUCAUCUCCGGAAAGGUUUUUGAUGUAACUUCAUUUAUGGAAGAUCACCCUGGAGGUAGUGAAGUGCUACUAGCAGCAACUGGUAAAGAUGCUACGAAUGAUUUUGAAGAUGUUGGACACAGUGAAGAAGCUAGAGAUCUGAUGGACAAAUAUUACAUUGCUCAAACAAGAGUGGAUUCAUCGUCAAGAUAUUACAGUUUUUGGUGCCUUUUAUGA